GAACGCGGAAACGACAUAACACCUUAUUUCAGACCUCACGAAGGAUUGAUUUCAAUUCAACUUGCUUCCUUCCUUCCUUCCUUCUACCUUCUACUCAAAGUUCAAAUAUGGUGAAGUGGGCGCCAUGGAUGUCGUCGGCGUCGAAGAAGUUUCAGGUGAAGGUAAAGUCCAUGAAGCUCGAAGGCUUCAACGCCCACGAUGAGGAGGAGAUGAAAGGGGAGAAAGUGGUGGCCGUUAAGAUAAGAUGGAAAACGCCCAAGGCAGGAUUAGUCCCCUUGCCUCGACUGUCGUCGUCGAAGCACCGCCGACGACAUGUUUCCACCGAGAGAUCUGUAAGGAGAGGUGAAGUUAUCGAAUGGGACGAUGAAUUUGAAAAUGUCUGCAGCUUCUCGAUGUUCUGUAAAGACAAUUCAUCAUUCAAUCCUUGGGACGUUUCCUUCAAUCUUCUAUAUGGGCAAAGAGGGAACAAGCUCGAAGUGAUCGGAACGUUUUUGCUAAACAUCGCCGAACUGGCUUCUCGCAUGGAAUCUCAGGUGGAAAGAGCGUUUCCGAUCGCUUUACAGGUCGCCGGUGUUUCCAGCGAAGCUACCCUUUCGAUAUCAUUGAGCUUCAUUGAGAUCAGGAGUUCCCACUCACAGGAAUCGUUGGGAAUCGUCCAUGACGUGUGCGUGGUUGACAAAGAAGACGGGUUCUUGAGGAGAGUAACGAGUUACGUCUCACAGAAGAAGAAGAAGAAGAGUCAAGAGGACGAUGAGACGGCUGCAAUCGACUCAGACAGAUCGCCGGAGAAUGAUUCGGUUCCGAUCCAACAGGAGUCUCUGGACCCCGCCUCCAUGGCUUCUGCAACAAGAGAUGAGUCGUUGGCUUUCAAUAGCGACGACAAUUUGAUGAAAGGAAGUUCUGUGACUCGGUUGGGAUCGUCUCCGAGUGCAGAGACUCGCUUGGACUCUGUACCGAAGAGAAAAGAUGAGCCGUUGAUUGAUGAUAAGUUGGAUCGUAAUCGUCGUCAGUCUGUUGGUUCUUCGAUGGAUGAUGACUCGGGUACCGUGGGAGAGGAAACCAAUGAAGAAUCAAUAGUUAAUGCAUCUGCCGAGUCUGAGUUUAGCGAUGAAGUUUUAACUGUUGGAGAAUGGGAAGAGAGGGAAUUUAUCAGCAGAGAUGGGCAAGUAAAGCUCAAAGCUAAUGUAUACUUUGCUACAAUUGACCAAAGAAGUGAAAAGGCUGCUGGGGAGAGUGCCUGCACUGCCCUUGUUGCAGUUAUUGCACAUUGGCUUCAAUCAAACAGAGACAUCUUGCCAACAAGAUUCGAAUUUGACAAUUUGAUAACAGAAGGUUCCUCAGAGUGGAGAAAGCUCUGCAAAAACAAGGACUACAUGCUUUGCUUCCCUGAUAAGCAUUUCGAUAUCGAGACUGUGUUACAAGCAGAACUUAGGCCUCUUUCAGUUAUGCAAGACAAAUCCUUCAUUGGAUUCUUCAGCCCUGAGAACUUUGAGUCCUUGAAGGAAGCUAUGUCUUUUGAUUGUAUAUGGGACAGGGUUAGUAGUAGCACUAGAGAUGGUGAGACUCAUGUUUAUAUAGUAAGCUGGAAUGACCAUUUCUUCAUUUUGAAGGUGGAGGCCAAUGCUUAUUAUAUCAUUGACACUUUGGGAGAGCGGUUAUUUGAGGGAUGCAACCAGGCCUACAUAUUGAAGUUUGAUCACACCACUUCAAUGUAUCAGUUGUCAAAGGAAGCAACAGACAAACACAAGGAAAUGGUAGACAAAAAGGUAGAUGUUGAUAAAAGUUGCAAUGGCAGCAACAAUGGGGAAGAUGCCCAUGAGCUCAUUUGCAGUGGUAAGGAGUGUUGUAGGGAGUUCAUUAAGAGAUUCCUUGCUGCUAUUCCUUUGAAGGAAUUGGAGAUGGAUGAGAAGAAGGGGACAGUUUCAAGUGUAUCCCUCCAUCAACGGUUGCAAAUUGAGUUCCACUUUUGCUUGGCACCAUCAUCGUCAUCAGAUAAAGCUGAGGAUGGUUUGUUUGUAUAAAUCAAUUGUACAUUUGGAUGUUUUGUGGUUUUGAGAAAGAAGAAAGUUAACAUCAAAGAUUUUCCCAUCUGUCUCAAUGAGAAAAAAAUCUUCUGUAGA